UUGUGGGUUAAAAACUUAUUCGUUUUUGAGAGAGAGGCUGUUAUUUAUUAGUUAUUACUAUUACCUUAUGCAAUUCUAAUACUUAUGUAAAUAAUUUCAUUGCAAAGACUAAACAAGGUUAAUGGUUCUGACCUUGCAUGAAAUUGUGUCUCCUGGUCAAACAAAUAAUAAAAAUAUUAAUAUUUACUAUUUUUAAUUUGGUGACAUUAUUUAAAUGACUUCUCAAUGAAUAUAGGCUGUGUUUCUUGAGAGGGAAAUUGAGUUAUUAGAAUGGUUAAGUCUUGGUUUUUUUGGGUGUUGAUUGUGGUGGGUUAUGGGUGCUUCCUUGAGACACCUAUUAGGGUAGAAGGGUACCCAAUUGAAGAUUUCAUUGUGAAGUUGCCAGGCCAACCUAAGGUUGAAUUCAAACAAUAUGCUGGCUAUAUUGAUAUAGAUGUAAGGCAUGGGAGAAGCCUCUUCUAUUAUUUUGUUGAGGCUGAUCAUGACCCUCACAAAAAGCCUCUCACCCUUUGGCUCAAUGGAGGUCCAGGAUGUUCCUCAAUUGGAGGAGGUGCCUUUACGGAAUUGGGUCCAUUUUAUCCUACCGGUGAUGGACGUGGUUUACGAAGAAAUAAAAAAUCUUGGAAUAGAGCUUCCAAUCUCCUCUUUGUGGAGUCUCCCGCUGGAGUUGGUUGGUCAUACUCAAAUACAACUUCUGAUUAUAACAACUAUGAUGACACCUCCACAGCUAAUGAUACACUUUUGUUCAUGUUAAAAUGGUACGAGAAGUUUCCUUCCUAUAGAUCAAGGGGUUUGUUUCUGACAGGAGAAAGCUAUGCAGGGCAUUUCAUACCUCAGUUAGCUAACACUAUUCUUGAUUAUAAUGCUCAUCAUUCAACUGGUUUCAAAUUCAAUAUAAAAGGAGUCGCUAUUGGAAAUCCACUUUUGCAAUUCAGUCGUGAUACGCAAGCAACAUAUGAAUAUUACUGGUCACAUGGAAUGAUUUCCGAUGAAAUAGGCCUUACCAUUAUGAAUGAUUGCAAUUUUGAUGCAUCUUAUGAUAACUUAUCUAAAUCAUGUAAAGAUGCCAUGGUUGAUGCUCAAGAUAUUGUGAGCGACUAUAUAGACAACUAUGAUGUGAUUCUUGAUGUUUGUUAUCCAUCCAUAGCUGAACAAGAAUUGAGAUUGAAAAGAAUGGCUACUAAAAUAAGUUUAACUGUAGAUAUUUGUAUGGACUCUGAAAUUUAUUUUUAUCUUAACCUUCCGGAGGUUCAGAAGGCUCUCCAUGCUAACCGUACCAAUUUGCCCUAUCCAUGGUCUAUGUGUAGUGGUGUUUUAAAUUACAACGAUGCAGAUCACGAUAUCAAUAUACUUCCAGUUCUCAAACGGAUAGUUCAAAACCAUAUUCCAGUAUGGGUUUAUAGUGGAGAUCAAGAUUCAAUUGUGCCAUUACUAGGUUCUCGAAGACACAUUCGUGAACUAGCUCAUGACCUGAAUUUCAACAUUACAGACUCAUAUAGAGUUUGGUUCCAUAGAGACCAGGUUGGAGGUUGGGUAACUGAAUAUGGAAAUUUAUUGACUUUCGCCACCGUAAGAGGAGCAGGUCACAUAGUACCUUAUGCGCAACCUUCUAAAGCAUUGCAUCUAUUCAGUUCCUUUGUACGUGGCAGAAGAUUGCCAAAAACAACCCGACCUAAAAUUAUUGAUGAAAUUACGUAUGAAUAAAUGGGAUAUGAGUCUGCCAAAUCUAUAUAUCUUAUUUAAGUGUAUGUUCUAUAGUCCAAAUGGUUCGUAUUACUUUGUUGAUAAGUUAAAAAUCUAUUAAAAUAGAGGAAAAAUAACAAGAUUCAGUGUAUUAUUUGUUCUUCGGUCUUUAUUCAGUACUAUAUAUGAGAGAGAGAUUGUGAUUGUUGUUGGUGCGCAUACUACUGUCAAACGAUCGAUCACAAUAUGUUGUGAUUGUUCCUCUCUCUUUGGCAUUCAAAUUAUUGAAGCAGAAAACAAACUUAGAUUAGAAGGUUGCAAA